AUGUCGCUUUCUAUCCGAGCAUCGACAGGACCCCGUCAAUUCUCUUCCCGGAGUGGAUAUGGUGGAGGUUCUGUUAGGCUGUCUAGUUCUAGUAGCACAGGAAGUUUUGCAGGAGGAUUUGGUGGUGGGUCUCUGCUCAACUUUGGUAGUGGCGGAUAUGGCGGAGGAUUGGGUGGUGGAUACGGUGGAGGUCUGGGUGGUGGAUACGGUGGAGGUCUGAGUGGUGGAUACGGUGGAGGUCUGAGUGGUGGAUAUGGUGGAGGGUUAGGUGGGGGGUUUGGUGGAGGUGCUGGUUUAGGAGGGGGCUAUGGAGGUGGUGGUGGUGGUGGUGGUGGAGAAAGUACCCUUUUAUCUGGCACUGAAAAGGAGACCAUGCAGAACCUGAAUGAUCGCUUGGCUGCCUAUCUGGACAAAGUGCAUUCCCUAGAGGAAGCCAACACUGAGCUUGAAAGCAAGAUCCGUGACUGGUAUGAGAAAAAUGGCCCAAGCGCUGCUGGCUUAGGGACUGGCCGAGAUUACAGUAAAUACUAUCCUGUUAUUGAAGAUCUCAGGAACAAGAUUAUCAAUGCAACUAUUGAAAAUGCCCGGAUAGUUCUUCAAAUUGAUAAUGCAAGACUGGCAGCUGAUGAUUUCAGACUGAAGUAUGAGAAUGAAGUGGCUCUUCGCCAAAGUGUUGAGGCCGACAUCAAUGGCCUACGCAGAGUCCUGGAUGAGCUGACCCUGACCAGAGCUGACUUGGAGAUGCAGAUUGAAAAUCUGAAUGAGGAACUGGCCUACCUCAAGAAGAACCAUGAGGAAGAACUUCUUGGAUUCCAAAGUAAUGCCACUGGACAAGUCAGUGUGGAAAUGGAUGCCGCACCAGGAGUUGAUUUGACCAAGCUCCUGAAUGACAUGAGAGCCCAAUAUGAGGCCAUUGCUGAACAACAUCGGAAAGAGGCUGAAGCCUGGUUCAAUGAGAAGAGUGGGGAACUGAAGAGAGAAAUCUCUACAAACACUGAACAACUUCAGUCAGGAAAGAGUGAAAUCAACGACCUGAGACGUACUUUGCAAAGCCUGGAAAUUGAGCUGCAGUCUCAACUUGCUUUGAAAAAGUCUCUGGAAGACACUCUCGCUGAAACAGAAGCCGGCUACUGUGCCCAACUUGCCCAAAUGCAGGUUCAGAUCGGAAAUUUGGAAUCCCAGCUCUACCAGGUCCGAGCAGACAUGGAACGACAAAAUGCAGAAUACCAGAACCUUCUGGAUAUCAAGGCGCGUCUGGAGAUGGAGAUUGAGACUUAUCGUCGCCUGCUAGAUGGAGAGAUUGGCUCAUUUGAAAGUGCUUCUGUGACUAGUGCCAAGUCUGUGGAUUCCAGUCGUGAUCCAAACAAAACCAGAAAGAUCAAGACAAUUGUUGAAGAGGUAGUGGAUGGCAAAGUAGUUUCAUCCAAAGUAAAAGAAGUGGAGGAGAAAAUGUAA